AGUGUGUGUUUACUGUGGUAACUGAUGUGAGAGUCACUUUCCUGCAGGUGCUUAAAACUUUCAUCAGUGAUGCAUUUGAUCCUUUUUGCUCUUACUUUAAGUCGUUACCUAUGGUCGUUACCAGCUCAGUGCGACUUUAUCUACUUCUUUACGUCAGUAAUAUAACGACACGUUACGUUUUUAUUUGAUUUGGCUCAACUUUUGACUCUUUUCUAUCCAGAACUUUAACUCUAAUCUAAUAAUGCUCGCGUUAAUUUAGUUUUCUCGAUAAAUGAAACUACUGAAGGUUUAACGUGACUUACUGAGCUUGUUGUUAAAGCUGUGCCAACUCUCGCGAUGAGUUCACAACGGGAUCCAGGCGAACACUCACCCAGACUGGAGGCUGUGAUUCAGAAGUUGGAGGAGUCCCUGCUUCACUCUGACAGCAGCUCUGGAGAAAGAAGUCUGACACUGCAAGGUGAUGGACAGGAGUCCAGUGUCACCCCGACACCUGUCACAAGCCGCAUCCGCCACAUCAUCACCAGUAACCUGAAAGAGCAGCCAGCUGGUGAGAGCCCUGCAGUCAGUGAGCUAGAGGAGAGCAGGGCCCUGCGGGAGCAGCUGUCUCCAAGCAAGAUGACCCGUGACCAGAUGCCAGUCAAACAAGCCACUCUCACUGACAAGCUUGAUCAGAUGUUGAUUCUGCAGUCAUCAUUGGACUCAGACCAGGGCAGUGUAUCUCCAGGAUCCCUGCAGAACAAGGACAGAGCUUAUAGACAAAGACUGCAGGUCUUCCAGGAGGCCCAGCAGAGGCAAGCACAGCUUGUACAGAAGCUUCAAAACAAGGUUCUCCAGUACAAGAAGAGGUGUGGAGAAUUAGAAGAGCAGGUGCUGGAGAAGACCUCACAGUCUGAAAAGAUGAGAUUGGUGCUGCAGGCCCACCAGGACUCAGCCCAGCGUCAGCAGCGAAUCGAGCAGGAGCUCAACACGGCCAUCCAGAAUAAAUCUGCUCAGCUGGAGGAGGAACAGAAAAGGUGUGCCAGCCUCGGCCAGGUCAACUCCCUGCUGCGGGAACAACUUGAUCAGGCCGGCACUGUGAACAUCGGUCUAACAGAGAGCUUGUGGAGGGCUCGGGAAGACGUUGAUUUGUUUGAUGGCCGUCUGCGCAAAGAGCAAGAGACGUGCGCCUCUCGACUCUGUCGUGAACAAGCUCGUGUCAGAGCUCUGUGGCGCCAGGCCGCUUCCCUGCGGAGCACUUUCACCCAGCUAAGGACUUUCACUGACAGGACUCUGUCCGAUAUGCGUGGGGAGUGUGUCGAUGCCAGCAGGCAGCUGCAGGUUGCCUGCAUGAACCUAGAGGCCAGAGUAAUACAGGAGGGCACCCCUAGUGGUUUGGGGAUGUCUGCGCUGGAGAGGCAGCUGAAAGAGAAGCUGAGAGAGGCCAUGCAGUUUCAGGGACGCUGGGAUGCAGAGAAAGUGGAACUAAAGUCACGAGUCCUGGAGCUGACUGACUCGGUGAAGCACCUCCGCAGCCAGAGCAGUGAGAAGGAUGCCAGCCUGGACACCAUGCAGAUCAGUCUGGACAGGAUGGAGACGAGGAGAACAGAAGAUAAAGCAGAGAUGGAGGUCCUCCACACAGAGAUCCAAGCCCUCCAGAAGAUUUUAUGUCACAUUCAGCAGCUGGUUGGUGGAGAGGGGGAUUGCAGUGGCUUUGAAAGUGUGGCCUCAACUCUUCAUGGCCGGUCCCCACUGAGGAACACAACCCUGAUGGCUGUGCAGAGUGCUCUCUCUAAACACCAGAAACACACACAGGACCUGCGUGAGCAUCUAGAUGCUGCUCUAGAGCAAGUGAACACACUGCGUGAUCACCUGCAGGAGCGGGACUCUGAGAGGAGAGAGCUGGAGCAGAAGAUCCAGGAGGUGAGGAGGGAGAGUCAGGAGGACAAAAACGCUCUGGAGGAAAGCCUCAGAGACAGCAACAGAUACCGCAGCUCAGUGGAGCUGAUCUCAAGUGAGAAGAGCAGCCUGGAGAAGCUGCUGUCAGGGCUGCAGCAGGAGGUGGACUCCCAGCGUACUGAGCUGGAGGCGCUGCGUGGAUCUACACUGGAGCUGCAGAGACAGCGGGACCUCCUGAGGCAGCAGAGGGAGGAUCUGGAGAUGCAGCUGGCACGGCAGCGCACGGAGGCCCAGAGAGGAGAGAGGAGUCUGGAGGAGCUUGAAGGGAAGCACUCAGAUUUACGCAGGGAGCUUGUGACAGUGAAGGAGGCUCUGAGUCAGAUAAACCUGCAGAAGGAGGUGUUGGAAGAUGAUAAGGCCAGUCUCACUGUGGCUCUCAGCAAGAUGGAGUCGCAGAAUGCAGCACAUGAGUUAGCCAUCACCAAACUGCAGAAUCAGGAAGCUUCUCUAAAGGAUUCUCUGGCCAAAAUGGCUGCCCUGAGCGAAGGCUUAGCCAAAGACAAGGUGGAGCUAAACCGUAUUCUGCUAAAGACUGAAGGUGAGAAGGCAGAGCUUGGUGAACGUAGACGGGAAGCUGAGGUGGAGCGGGCAGCAGCCAGGGAGGAGACAGUGCGGCUCCAACAGGAGAUGAUGAAUCUACUUGCAGAGAAACAAGCCUUGGAGAGCUCCCACAGCCAUUUGCAGGCUCUCUGCCAGAAGCUAGAACCAGAGCUCAGCCUGUUGCAGAGGGAGAACGCUCAGACCCUGGAGCUGCACACCCAGGUCAAUAAGCAGAUGCAGAGUGUGUCAGAGGAGCUGUGUGCGUGCAGGAAGGAGCUGGAGACACAGACCACAGCCCUAAAGAGAGCUACCCAUGACAGGGAGGAGCUGGCCAAGGACAAGGCUGCUCUGGAUGUCAAGCUAAACUCUGCUGACCGAAAGGCCUGUGGACUCACGCAAGAGCUGGUUGCACUUAGAGCAGGGAAGGAGUCCCUGGAGACAGCGCUGUUUGAGAGCCAGGAGCUGGCCUCGUCUCUGGAGGCUGAACACAGCAGGAUGGAGGGGGAGAGGCGCAGCUUGCUCCUGGCUAACGAGGCCUUGACGCGUGAAGGUACUCGGGUGCAUGCGGAUGCUGAGCGUCAGGUGGCACAGGCAGCACAGGAGCGGAGUAGGUUGGAGGAGAAACUGGCCCAAGUGGAGAGGAAUGCUCUGCUGACCCUAAACAACAAAGAGCAAAUUCACAGAGAGCAGCUCGACACAGAACACAGAAAAAUGGAACAGCAACGUGCAGAGCUUACCCUUCAGCGUGAGCAGGCUGAGAAGCAGCUGCGAAGACAGUGUGAGGAGCUGCGUGUUCGCUGCCAGAAGGAGCUGCAGCAGGUGCAGGAGGAGCAGGCCAGGCUGCAGCAGGACUUCAACCAAAGCCUCCUGCAGGCUGAGAGUGAAAAGCAGCAGGCUUUGUCCAAGAAAGAAGCAGAGAAGGCCAUCCUCACAGAGAAGCUAGCAGCCCUGAAGCAGGACCUGGCGACUGCGAGCAUGGAGUACGAGCGGAUGCAGAGGGAGGCAGUUAGCAAACAGGAGCAGGAUAAGGACACGAUGGCAGCUCUUCAGUCCGAGCUGCAAGGCCUGCGGAAUCAGUUUGAGGAGUCUUUGAACUCCCACGAGAGCACCAAAAAGAGUCUAAGUGAGCAGGUCAGAGAGUUAAACCAACAGAGAGAACAUGCACAACAAGAGUUGGAGGGCCUUCGAAGGCAGCUGCAGGAUGCAGAGGACGGACUCAUUAAAGUGAAAGCUGAGCUGAUUGAAGCUCACAGAGAGCUCCAGGAGUGUGCACAGCAGCGGGACAAGCAACGAAAAGAGGCCCUGGACCUGCGAAGGCUCUUAGGAGAUGAGACCAGAGAGAAAGAAGCAAUCCAUGCCUCAAACCAGGAGCUGAGAGUCUUCAUCAAAAGAGCGGAGAGUGACAACAGCAGCUUACGACGAGCUGGGGAGGAAAAGGAACAGAAAGUAGUUGUCUUAGAGGAAUGCAAGACCUCAAUGCAACAGGAAGCGACCACUCUACGUAGCAGCAUGAGAGAGCUGGAGAAGUCCCGCCUGCAGGCCCGCAGAGAACUGCAGGAGCUGCGCAGACAGGUCAAAGUCCUGGAAGGAGAGAACAGUCGGCAGAAACAGGAGCUGCGAGAGCUGCAGGCCCGGGUGUGUCAGGAGGAGCAGAAGGAGGAGGAGGCACGGUGCGAGGCGUUCACGCUGAAGCAGAGAGUGCUGGAGUGUGAGGCUGGCAGAGACGCAGCACUGAAUGAGGUUGCCGCUCUGCAGCGUCGUGUAGUGGAACUGGAGACACUGGAGCAUCAGAACCGAGAUCUGCUGCAGGAAAGAGAGGCUUAUCAGCAGCAGGGCGAGCAGAGGCACAGAGAAACCACCGCCCUGCUGGAGGAAGCACUGGAAGACGCCCAGAUCCAGGUGAAGGAACUCUCUGUUCAGGCUGGCCUUACUGAAAGGAAGAUCCAGAGCCUGGAGGAGCAGCUGAGCCUGGGUGACGCCAAUCGCAGGGAGCUCGAGCUGAAGUUGUCUGGGUUGUACUCAACCAUGCGUCGCACAGUUUGCACCAGCCAUACAAGGCUUUUAGGUUCACAUGCUUCCCGUAAAAGGUCUCCCUCUCCAUGGAGAAACCACCUGCAAGCAAAAGGGGGAGGUACUGCAGCAGAUAGAUCCAUGGUGUCUUCACCAGGUGAUGAAGAUGAAGAGAUGGACCUGGAGUCAGUACAUACAGCUCUACGGGAAUUUCAGCAGGAGCUCAGGGACACGCAGAGAGAAAGGGAUGAAGCCAAGGCUCAGAUAGUUAGCCUGAGUCAGCAGGUGAGCGAGCUCCGAGCCAGCCAAGAUCUAUCCACCACCCAGCUGCUCCAACUACAGAAGUCUCUGAAGCAGUCAGAGCAGGGAAAAAGAGAGAUGGCGCAGCUGCUGCAUGAAGCACAUGGAUCCCAAUCCAUGCAGGAAGAAGCUGCAUGUCGUACAAAGGAGGAAAAGAGGAAAGUUGAGGAGGAGGUAGCAAAUUUGAGGAUGAGUCUGCAUGCUGCUCAGGCUGAGUCCAGAGCACUGCAGGACAAGUUGGAGCUCUUGCAGGCCUCAGAAUCUCGUGCAAAUGAAGAUCGAUCGAGGCUCAAGGAGUCUCUGGAAGCAGCAGAGAGCAGAGUGGGCAAGCUGGAGCUAUCCAACCGAACCCUUGAGGGUGAGCUGCAGAGGGCCCAGCUUAGGGUGGCAGAGCUGGAUGCAGAGGCAGGGGUGCUGCAGGAUAGACUGGCAGAACUGAGGAGGAAGCUGGGUGAGAGCGAGGACCGGUGUGCAUCACUGAGGAUCAGCGAGGAGAGGUCGGCCACAUCGCUGGCUCGAGCUGAGCAGCACGACAGUCAGCUGAGAGAACAGAUCCAGAAGUUGUCGAACACCCUCAGUGACAGCAGGAGCAGCAGUGGGGCCCUACAGGAGCAGAUCACACAGCUGCAGAGGGCUCUGACUGCCAGCGAGCAUGACCGAAGGAUGCUGCAGGAACGCCUGGAUAAAACACGAGAUGCUCUUUCUGAGAGUAAGAGGCUGAGCCACAAACUAUCAGAGCAGAACCAGAACCUCCAAAGAGCCACAGAGGACUCCGAGCUUAAAAGCUGUGAGCUGGAGAAAUAUAACAGGACAUUAAAGGAGAGCCUGAAACAGCAGCAGGGGGCUGAAGUGCAGGCCCAGGUGAGCUCCCAGCAGCUGGAGCAAGAGAAGGAGGAACUCCAGGAUAAAGUCACCAAUCUCCAGAAGUCUCUGCAGACGCUUCAGAGUGAGAGAGCAGAGACGGAGAGGGUGCUGACACGACUCGGUAAAGACAAGUCAGCUCUAAGGAAGACCCUGGAGAAGGUGGAGAUGGAGAGGCUGAGGACGGAGGAGGAGGUGGCGGCGGUGGCCAGAGAGAAGGAGCAGUUGGGACAGAGGGUCAGAAGUCUGGAGCAGCAGCUGGCUGUGAAACAGGAGGAGGUGCAGACUGUGCAGGUCCAAAUCUCUCAGUUGGAGCACUCUCAUGCACAGCGCCUCCUUGAGGUGACAGCCCGCCAUCACCAGGAGCUGGAUUUGGAGACAGAGCGUCUGAGAGACAGUCAGCUCCAAGCAGAGCAGGCUUUAGAGACCAGAGAGAAGGCUCAUCGUCAGAGGGUCAAAUGCCUGGAGGAACAGCUGCUGACACUUAAAGAGCAGCUAGACCAGGAGACGAGCAGACGACGGGCCUAUUUCAAUCAGAUGCUCCAGCCUGGUGUUUAGAGGCGGAGACCCUGCAGUGAAUGAGACAGAGUGUAGCUCUCAUGCAGUACCCAGCAGCAAGCAGAAUGCAAGGAAUCUACAGUAUUCCCCUGUCUCACACAAGAAGCCCAGUUCACUCCUGAAGGACAAGAGAGUGAGGAGAGAAAGAGGCAGAGCCAGAGAGCAGUCAGGGGAGGAUUCACACUGCUGUGGUUGAGAGGAGGAACGUACGGUCUUGUCCUGUUCUGCUCU